GUGUCAUACAACACUGUCGUAUAUUUCAGUACUUGCACUGGCGAUUCGAUUUGAGUGGUAGCGAAAUCCAGUUUAAAGUGAUCUAUGAAUAUGUGGUAACUCUGUGCUAUCAAAUCCAGCUCUUAAACUGGUUAUUCUGAGCUAUCACUUCGCCUGUAGUAGACAGUAAAUUGUAAUAGCAACACAGCCCGCAAAGCGCCACUUUAUGUCCUUAUCAGUACUGCCAGGACAUUAUCACCUCGAUAUCGUUUCCUAAAACAGGUGCCGUUCAGUGUAGUGAUGCAAAUGAACAGUAAAACGAUACAAGGCGCAAAUAUGCAAAAUAUGAAGUUUACGAAGACGGAGGCGGAGUAUAACCUGAAGUCGAUUAGGUUUCUGCUGCUUACCAUCACAACUAUGUUUAUCAUAGUAGCAGGUCUGAUGGUGGUCCUCGGCUUCUCCGUAUAUUCCGAAUACCACGACUUCUCCUUCUUCUACGGAGCGAAGGGCGGUCGCUUCGUCACCCUAUCAGCGCUGUCGGUUUUCAUCGGCAUGGUGCUGCUGGUCGUCACUUCCUUCGGCUUCUUCGGCAGUCUUAAGCAGAGCACGUUGUUGGUCAAUUUGUACGCGUUCUUCCUGAGUCUGAUCCUCAUCGUGAUGCUAGUGGUGGUGAUCCUGGCCUGUACCCUGGACUCUGCAGUCGUGAUGAAAUACUUCUCCAUCCCCAUAUCCGAGUACACUGCUGACGCAGAGAUCCAGGCUGAGAUUGACUCGCUGCAGUAUUCACUAAACUGCUGCGGCAGCGACUCCUAUCUCGACUACCUGAACACAGAGUUUACCAGCAACCACUCCACCGUCAUCACCACCAAGGAAACAGAUGGCGACAUUGUCACUAUGGUCGUCCCUGCCUCUUGCUGCUCCAGUGCCGUGGAUGUCAUCUGCACGAGACUUAGGACUACUAGCUGCAAGGAUGCUCUUGUCAACAUGGUUAUACAGAACUCGACUGUCAUUGGAGUUCUUGGUGUUUCCGUGAUGUUUAUCAAGCUCCUCGGCAUCAUCUUCGCUCUCCUUCUGGCCCGCUGCAUCCGCAAGAGUAAGAGCGAGCGCGCGCUAAUCCAGUGGAAGAUCCGCGAACAGAUGAUUCUCGCGCGUCAGCACACUGAUGAAUUAAAGGCGGGUCAUACGGGCGUGACCGUGUCUUUGGAGCAACCCACUUCUAGCAACGCGUAAACUUAGUCACCAAAAGUGAUGCAUCUGGGCCAUUUUUUAGGGUUCCGUACCAAAAUGGUACAAAAGGAACCCUUAUUGGUGCCGCCCUGUCCGUCUGUCAUUUUCAAAGUUGUUCACCCCACUUUUUUUGUAACAUGGGUAUUGUUUCCCCGUGUGGUGACGGGUUAAGAAUUUCACCACCCCCUUUUUUCCCGUGGGUGUCGUAGAAGGCGACUGUGGGAUAUG